CACACACCAUCGCCAGAACAUUCACAAACUCAGGAAAAUGUCCCCCAAGAUCACCCUCUACACCAACCGCCUCUGCCCCUGGGCUCACCGGGCGCACAUCGCCCUCAUCGAGCUGGGCAUCGACUACGAGGAGGUGACCAUCGACCUGGACACCCCGCGUGAACCAUGGUAUCUUGAAGUCAACCCGCGCGGUCUCGUCCCCGCCCUCUCCUACAACGGCACCAUCAUCCUCGAAUCCGCCAUCAUCGCCCAGUUCCUCGUCGACGCCUACCCCUCCCACAUCCUGCCCCCCUCCAACACCCCCGAGGGAGCUCUCAAACGCGCCCGCACCACCUUCUUCGUCGACACCUGGGCCAACAAGGUCUCGAGCCUGUACCACGCCACCCUGCGCGCCAGCGACGCCGACCGCCGCGCCUCCAGCGACGCCUUCGUCGCCGCCGUGAAGAAGGAGAUCGAGCCGCUGAUCUACCCGGCCCACACCGCCGGCCAGGGCCCCUACUUCGAGGGCAGCGAGAAGCUCACCUUCGCCGAGGUGCUGCUGGGCUCGUUCCUGCUGCGCCUGUUCUCCCUGGCCAAGCCCGAGUACGGGCUGUUCCCCGCGGACCUGGUGCAGACGCUGGAGAAGGAGACGCCGAACUUCAAGCGGUGGGCGGAGGCGACGAUCGCGCACCCGAGCGUCAAGGCGAUCUAUGAUGAGGAGAAGGUGGCGACGCGCACGGUGCGGAGAUAUGGUCAGAAAUAGGGGGUGCGGGAUGGGGUGCGACGCACGCAGGGGAG